CCACAUGUGAUUGCUCAAAAACACAAACACUGGUUAUGGCAGUUACAACCGCUGUAAAAGUGUUUGAUACUGUGACACAAUAGUAUCGCUGGGUUCAUCCAAGGGGAGAGUUACGCUUUCAUACAACUUAUUUCCCAUAAGCUCGAGGGGAAACGCGGCCACAUAUCGUUACCAGCCGCCGCUCGGGUGCCACAUUUGUCACAAUUAUCCUGGACAGCAGUCAGGAAAUAGCAGGCGAAUUACAAUGUGCUCGGCAAUAAGCAGAACGAAACCAGUUCAACGGGCUCUGGCUCUCACGCUUCUCCUCAGACCAAACACCGAGGGCUCGAGUUAUGCAAUAGCCGAGAGCAGGCGCUUCUGUUCCGGGGUAAGUCCUAGCAUCUACCCGCUACGAGCUACCAGCAGAUCGUAUUGCUCCAGGAUGGCGCUGACCGAAGGACUGCUCUUCAGACAACUGUUUGAGUCAGAGAGCAGCACCUACACCUACCUGCUGGGAGACACAGAGACCAAGGAGGCGAUCCUUAUCGAUCCUGUACUGGAAACCAUCGAACGGGACCUGAAGCUAAUACAUGAACUGGGGCUCAAUCUAAAAGUGGCAGUGAACACUCAUUGCCAUGCUGACCACAUCACAAGUACUGGGCUGAUGAAGAAAAGAUUGGUUGGGCUGAAGAGUGCAAUCUCCAAAUUUAGCGGUGCCUCUGCAGACAUCCUCCUGUCGGAAGGAGACAAGAUCUACUUUGGAAAACACUAUCUCACAGCGAGAGAGACACCGGGACACACUGAUGGGUGUAUGGUGCUGGUGACAGGGGAUCAAAACAUGGCUUUUACUGGGGACACUCUGCUCAUCAGAGGCUGUGGCAGGACAGACUUCCAGCAGGGUUGCGCCAAGAAGCUUUAUGAGUCAGUCCAUCAGAAGAUCUUUACUCUGCCAGACCAGUGCCUUGUCUACCCAGCACAUGACUACCGAGGUCAGACGGUGACUACAGUUGGUGAGGAGCGCAAGUUUAACCCGCGCUUGACCAAGAGCCUGGAAGAGUUUGAGAACAUCAUGAGUAACCUGAAUCUCCCCAAGCCUAAGAAAAUAGAUAUUGCAGUGCCUGCUAAUCUGGUGUGUGGAGUACACAAUGUCUGAAUUUCCUGCAAAAGAGAGUUUUAAUCAAAUAAACAACAUCAUAGAAUCAGAAUCAGCUUUAUUGGCCAGGUAUGUGUACUCAAACAGAGUUUUACUCCAUCUCUUGCACAUAGCAAAGUGAUUAACAUUUACAUGUUUGUAUCUGAGCAGGAUUUGCCAAAAGGUGCUUACCAUUAAGUGCUUUAUUGUGUUUAUAUAUGUAAAUGUAAAGAUAUAUAAUUGAAUAGCUGUUGCCACUGACGUUAAUGUGAUAAUACUGAAAAUAAAAAUGCAAUCAGUUAAGAUCUGUACAUAAGGAAAAACCACUAUUCAUAACUUUUUUUGCAUUUGGAUUAAAUUUAAAUGUGACCUACUCUA